AUGUUUGCAAGAACUUCCAGCUCCAUCAAGUUGGAUUCCAAAUUUUGGAACGAUUUGAGGGCAAAAAACUUCAACUCAUCAAUAGCUUCUCUUUGUUUCGAUGCUGCAUCCAUAGCUUCCAACUCCGAAAUUCUGGUCUUGUACAAAUCGUUCACCAAUUCGAGCUCAGAGAUUCGGGUUCGAAGGUCCUCUGAAGAUGAGACUGAAGAGUACGUUCUUUGCUCUGACGUAGAAACAUUAUUCUUAUUUUUGGAGCUGUCAGACGGCAUCAUCAUCGGCGACAUUGCUUUGUUAUUCGUUUGCAUAUUGCCAUUCAUCGUGAAAUUCUUGAUCGGAGGUAGCUUUUCGCUAGUAUUUGACAUAAAUUGUGAUGAAGAAUUAUUCAACGAAUAUUGUGGACCAAAGCUUGGUGAUAAGAUAGAUUGA